AUGCAGUAUUCUGUCUGCGUGGCGACAGACCUGGACGGGGAGAAGGUGAAUCUGCGGUUUCUCUUCGACGCCUACGGCCCUUCUGUCACCCAACUCCUCAAUCGCGCCAUCGUUGCCUUUAAUAAUCUCUUCCAUCACUGCGGUAUUCCACGCGCCUUCGCCGCCAGCGCCGCUGUUGUCUUCAACGAGACGCAGUGCACGUGGGACCGCCUCGUGCGCUCCACCCAACUGCUGCACAACAGUCAAGUCUAUCUCUUCCAGCCGGACAUUCUCGAUCUCCCGGCGGUCAUUCCGGAGCCGUACGAGGCCCAACCGCUCCUCGGCGACGCGUACGUCUCCCCGCGGCGAGAGGCCUCCGACUCCCCGCGGGCCGUCGGACCCGCCCACUACGAACCGCGGCCGCCCUUCACACACACAAGUCCAGUGGUGCUUCCACACUCCAACGAUACCAAGAAGAAGGGAGGUCUUUAUAAAACAGCGUCAACAGGGACAAUGGGAAGUAAGAGUCGAUAUAGUAAACAUGCGGGUGAGGAUAGGGAUUAUAUAGGAGAUGAUAGUACCCAUGCAACGCCCUUUUCAACACCAAAACGUGGUCAUAAUGGAACUCUCGUUAGUAGUGGUCGUACAAUAUUAAAGGGACGUGAACAUGACUCAUAUUCUGUCUCACCAUUAGUUCAACAACCAACGGAAGAGAAUUACAUCAUUUAUAGUGAUGGUAGAAAAAGUAUAUUACGUGAUGAACGUGAGAAAAUUGAGCAUCAAUGGCGUCUUCCACUGGAUGAAAUGCGGCGCAGUCUAAAGGAAGAAACGAAACAGCUUGAAAGGAGUAUUAGUCCAGUGCGCUUGCAUCUUAGCUAG